AUAAAAUCUGCCUCCGCCGCGUGCGUGAAUCGCGUGGUCCAGGGGAUGGGGGACGCCUACGCGAAGCGUGUGCUGCUCACCGCCGCCGGCGACGCCGUCUCGCGGGGGAUCGCCUCUACCCUCGCCAAGCACGGCUGCAGGUUGGUCUUAUUGGGCGACGAGGGCGCUCUGGCUGCGACGGCGGAGGAGGCGCGGCGCUGUGGGGACGGAGGCGGAGGCGUCGAAUUGGUGGGGCUGGACUUGGAAGCGUGCGGUGAGGCGGCGGCUGACGCGGCGGUGGAUCGGGCCUGGCGCUGCUUCGCUGGAUUGGAUGCCUUCGUCAACUGCUACUCCUACGAGGGGGAGGUGCAAGAUUGUCUCAGUAUAAGUGAAGAUGAGUACAGGAAGACCAUCAAAGUAAAUGUGGUAACACCUUGGUUUCUAAUGAAGGCGAUCGCAAAGCGGUUCCAGGAUACAAAAUCUGGUGGAUCUAUUGUGUUCUUGACUCAGAUUAUUGGUGCUGAGAGAGGAUUAUAUCCAGGUGCUGCAGCAUAUGGUACAAGCUUAGGAGCUAUUCACCAAUUGGUCCGACUGUCUGCAAUGGAGCUUGGCAAGCACAAGAUAAGGGUUAACGCAGCCUGUCGCGGCCUGCAUCUGCAGGACAAGUUCCCUGUCUCUGUGGGUAAGGAGAAGGCUGAGAAGGCAACGGCGGUGGUGAUGCCCCUACGGAGAUGGCUGGAUCCAGAGAAGGACCUAGCGUCCAUGGUGCUGUACCUGGUCGGGGACGAGUCCCGGUACAUGACGGGCACGACCAUAUUCGUGGACGGUGCUCAGUCCAUCGUCCGGCCGCGCAUGCGCUCGUUCAUGUAGAGAUAAUAAGGACAUGGCGGUAAAACAGGGCUCAUCGUGGGUCAUUUAUCGCAACUCUGUUCUUAGCGCCUGGCUCCUACUGAUCACUUUUAGUAUUCGCGAGUCUGGAUCGCCAAUUAAAGUUGUUUGAUUUUUAGACUAUUUAUUUAGUUAUAAAUAUGUAGGCCAUCGAUCUGUUGGUUUUUAUUUAAGGAUGCUGCUGCAUUGUACAUGAAUUGUAUGAAUCAACAGCUCUUCCAUGUUACAUUGUCUCUCUCUAGCUUAAACGCCGAAACAUAGAUACAUUACAACUAUUUUUUGUUUGUAACAAUCCUUUGAGACAUCUUAACUGAUGAUUGGUUUGAUGGAAGCCGAUGGUGCCUA